ACCGUUUAACCCUUUAUUUCAAAACGUGCUGUUACACAAGUGUUCUGGAUUUAAGACCGGGAUGUGCACACUCCCGAAUAUUCCAAACGAUCUAACGGCCCUUCCAGGGCUUCCCUCACUUCCAGCUGUAGGGUCUGAGACCCAACUCAAGCAAUAAACCCCGACGAUCUGCCUAUGCGAUACAAGUCCAGAUGUUCCCGCAACUCAGGACGGGCAGGAAUGUGUCGGCCCCCCACGUGUGAGGCAGCAGCCGCUACAACGUGAUGGGAGAAGGGGGCUGGAGCCCUGCCCCGCCCUGCCGGGUGCCAGCCCCUCCCAGCGGGCAGCGCGACGCUGCCGCACCCCGACCCUCCCGGCGGCCGUUGGCGCUGACGUCCCUUGGCACUAACGGCCGCCGCUGGCGUUGCGCGGGUGCUGCGCAUGCGCGGCCGCUCCGCUCGGGCGGGCGAAUUCAAACGCGCCCUCGCGCCCCUGCUCGUUGUCGGGGUAGCGGCUGCUCUGACGUCAUCGCGCCGCGUCCUCCUUCGCGCCGCUUUCCGGCGCUGGCGGCGAGCGGGGAUCAGCGGAGGGGAGCGGGGCGGAGGGGGGCAAAGUUUUACGCGCCCGCCCGCUCGCCCCCGCCGCGCUGCUCCCAUGGCCUCGGCGCGCGCGGCCGCGUCGCGGGUGGCGCUGCUGGAGGACGAGCUGCGGGGGCUGGCGGAGGAGCUGAGCCGCUGCCAGGCUGAUAAAGAAUUUGUGUGGUCUCUGUGGAAACGUCUUCAACUGUCAAAUCCAGAUUUAACACAAGCUGUCAGCUUGGUUGUGGAAAGAGAAAAGCAGAAAGCUGAAGUCAAGGACAGAAAGGUAUUAGAGAUUUUGCAAGCCAAAGACAGCAAAAUAGAAACCCUAGAACAGAGACUCUCAGGACAGCAGCAAGAGAUAAACAACUUAAUACAGAGAAAAAUUGCUGUGGAUGAAGAAAAUGCCCGUUUGAAGAAUGAAUUCAGUAACUUGAACCAGAAAUUUAAAGAUAAAAGUGAAGAACUUAAGGACACCGAGGAGUGUGCACAGAAGAAGGAAGAGCAAAACAGACUGGUUAUAAAAAACCUGGAGGAGGAAAAUAAGGGAUUAAAUACACGCUGUGCUGACCUGCUAAAUGACCUGGAGAAACUGAGGAAGCAGGAGGUACAAUGGAAAACAGAAAAAUCUGGCAGUGAUGCCAGAAUAAAGAAUUUGGAAACUGAUUUAACAGACGCAAGAGAACAAAUGAAAGAAUUAAACAGUAAAUGCAGUAACUUGUUAUCUCAGCUAGCUGUGAAACAGGAAGAACUUUCCCAAAAAGAAUGUGAUAUGACCAGGACUAAGAAGGAGUUACAGGAGCUGCAGAAUCUUUACAGACAAAACAUCACACAUACAGCACAGCAGGCUGAGCUGAUACAGCAGCUUCAGGCUCUUAAUACUGAUACACAAAAAGUACUGAAGGACCAAGAGGAUGCGCACACAGCUGAAACAACGUCGUACCAAAAACUUUAUAAUGACUUGACUUUAUGUUUUGAAACUGUUAAAACAAGUGAAAUUCAACUGCAGCAAAGCUGUGCCUCUCUUCAGGAGCAGUUAGUUGGAAAAGAUCAGAAGAUUUGUCAGUUACAGCAGCAACUUCAGCAGGCUCGUGAUGCUUUAAAUGUACUACACCAGGAUUCUUCUCAUGAAUUACAGGUAUUUCAACAGCCUUCCUUAGGUGAGCUAGAGUGUCUUAUCACCAUGCAGAAAUCUGAAAUUGAGCUUUUACAGGAAAAAUUGAAAAAAACAAGUCUUAGCCUAGCAGAGCAUAAUUUGUAUACUACGGAAACUCUGGAAAGCAACAAUGUAAGGACUGGACGAAAGCAUAAGGAACCACCUGUGAAACGUUCAAGGUCUCUGUCCCCAAAGAGCUCUUUUAGAAAGUCAGAGGAGCUAAGGAAGCUUAAAAUAGCUGAAAGGAAGAUUGAAAACUUAGAGAAGACCCUACAGUUAAAGACUCAAGAAACUGAUGAGCUAAGAGCAGCCCAUGAAAAACGCAAAGAGAGGCUGCAGAUGUUACAGACCAACUACAGAGCACUAAAAGAGCAAUUAAAGCAAUGGGAAGAAGGUGAUAGCAGGACUGCAAGCAGUAAAAGCAGAUACCAGCAUGCAGACCCCCACCAGCUUUGUCAGGAGGAUUCUGAUGCUGUAUGGAAUGAACUGGCUUUUUUCAAAAGGGAACACAAAAAGCUAUUGAUUGAAAAACUGAAUCUUGAAGAGGAGUUAGAUCAGAUGAAAGUACACCAAUCUAUGGAGAUACUUUUUAAAAGUAGUGAAGAUGAUGGGGUCAAGAACAGUACUCCAAAGAAGAAUGUGAAAGACAGUUCCGAUCAGAGGUUACAGAAGGUACAGCAACUAGAAAGAAGAUGCAAAACUAUUGCAGGGGAAUUAAAGAAACUGAAAGAAGUAAAUAAGGACUUACUGAAGGAGAAAAAUGUUUUAAAAUCAUCUUUAAAAGUGCAAAAGGAGGAUGCAGUCACAAGAGAAAGAGAGCUGGAAAAACUACUUAAGAGGAUUUGUGAAAUAAAAAAUGACAACACAGAACUUCAGAUAGUGAUUGAUGAGCAGGAAAAAGAAGCUACUUCUUUGAAGAGGCAAGUGGCAGAAGCUAACAGGUUGAGAAAGGAAAAUGAAGAUUUGCUGAGUCAAAUGCAGGAGCUGAAGUGUUUGGUGGGUGAAGCCAAAGCAGUGGCAACCUCUGGGCAAUGUAAUUGCAAGAUAACAGGUACCAAGGUUAAAUUAAAAACAGCCAAGAAAAAGAGCUCUUUGGGACAUCAUGGAGCUUUUCUCAAACAGUCCAUCAAGGUUAUGAGUAAUGUAUUUGAGAACUUCUGUAAGGACGGCUGGGAGGAUGUGAGUGAAAGCAGUGACUCUGAAAUACCAGCUUCUGAAACUUUGGAAACAGUGAUUAUGAAGACAAUGCAAAAUAUUGAUCCUGUGCCAGACAGAAGCAAGCAACAGGGAAAAAAACAAAUACAAGACAGUCAAAAGCCCUGCAACAUUGCUCAUUUAGAAGGCAAAAGCCAACGGUAUAAUAAAAAGAUCCAUUCAAAGAAUAAAGACCUGGAAAAGUUACAAUCCAAGAGGAAAAAGAUCUGCUAUCUCAUAACAGCUUAUCCAUCAUUUCUAAGCAAAGUGAACAGAACAAAAAGGAGAAAUAUCAUUUUCCAGAAACCAGGCUACUCUGCUACUCUACUACGGGAAAGAAUUAAGUCAUUGCAGCAGCAGAUAGCUGUUUUACAGAAUGAAAAAAAGACAGCAGUAUCUUCUGUGAAGGGAUUUAAAGAAGUGAAUGAAAAACUAACAGCUCAGCUACAUUUGGCUGAUCAGAGACUUCAAACUAGUAAAUUGACCAUACAGGUGUUGACCUCUAACCUGGCCAAGUGGCAACAGGAGAAGGAAGACUUACAAGGAAAAUUGAAGUUGAGAGAACAUCUGUCUCAAACUGCUGGCAAGAGUGAAGCCACACCAGCUCCUUCAAAGAACAUUGAUUUAGAGAUGAAACAGCUGCAGUGCAAACUAAAGAAUUCGAAUAAUGAAAUCACUAAGCAAUCAACCACCAUUAAGUCUUUGAAAAAUGAAGUCCAGGAAAAAGAGGAACAGAUUCGGGAACUUCAAGCAAAGAUUUCUCGAUUGGAGAGGGACCUUAAUAUGAAAAGACAUUUGAUAGAAGACUUACGGUCUCGUCUAAAAGCACAUCAAGAAAAUGAGAAAGCUUGUAAUGAAACAUUAGAAAGCCUUGAGAGAAAGCUAAAGUCACUGAACGAAGACUGUUCAAACAAGAAAGCUUCCAUUGACUCACUGAAACAAAGGCUUAAUGUAGCUACAAAAGAGAAGUCUCAUUAUGAGCAGAUGUACCACAAGACUAAAGAUGAGUUGGAGAAAAAGGAUGUCAAGCUUUCCAAUCUAGAGAGCAAAAUGAUUGAGACCGAAUGUGCCAUAACUGAACUUGAGACUGCUGCAUCUCAACAACUACAUGGUUUGGCUAAACAGAGUGGGCAGGCUUUGGAAACAGUUCAAAAGAAGCUGCUGCUCGCCAAUGACAGAGUAGAAGAGUUCAUGACAUUUGUGAAGGCUCUAAGCACAGAGUUACAGCACAGCAUACAAGAGCUGAGAAUAAAAAUCAAACAGGCAAAAAAAAAGGAAGAAGCCAGGGCAUGUAAAAAAGGUCUUUCCCAAGAGUCGGUUCAGUUGGCAGCUUCUAUCCUUAAUGUUUCAACAACUGAUCUUGAGGAGAUAUUAGAAGUAGAAGAUGAUGAGGAAACAGCAAAGACAAAAAUGGAAUCUGAAAAAGACAAGGAAUGGCUGCACAAGAUACAGAAGCUUCUUGAAGCACAGUUUCCUUUUGCUUCAUAUUUAAUGGAUGCCAUAUUGGAAAAAUUAAAUGAGAAGAAGAAACUGGUAGAAGAGUACAGUUCUCUCAUGAAACACAUUGCAUGAUAUUGUUAAGACUUUGCAAAGGGUGACUAAAAUAUGUGUGCUGUUUCCUGACAUCUUUCCUCUUCACAUAAAGAACUGUCAAUAAGCGCGUUCAAUACAUAAGUAGAAACUGUGAACUAAUUAAUUGUUGAACAAGAGCAAUUAGUUAUGUUCCUAUUUAGAGUGUAGUGUUUCAUUCCUGAAGACAAAAAUUGCUGCAAAUCAAUACGAGUUAAACAUGAUUUUCUUUUAAGUGCAUUGGCAGCAAACAUCAGUGUGAGUUUUGUAGAGAGGGGAUGUUUUUGAUAUGACGGAUACACAUCUGUAAGUACAGAAAAAUGGCAAAUAACUCACGGUUGUACCAGUCAGAACAGUAGAACUAGGAUUUACAAAGGAACUGCAAACACCAGUGGCAUUUUGAAUACGUUAUUUUAGCUUGUUUGUAAAUCCCAGCUUUAUGAUAUAUGCUACGUAAUAUGAUAUGCACUCUCUGUAUGUUGGAAAAAAAUGAGAAAAUGAAUGAUUGUAGAAGAAAAACUAUUCAAUGUAGCGUAAUACUUCUUGGAAAAGUUGUAUUUUCUUCUGAGUAGGAUUAUAUUGUGUGCAAUUAAUUUAAUUGUAUUUCAAAAAAUUCAGUACAGUAAAGUUUUUUCCAA